UUCAUUGCCCAUUUGAUUUGGAUCAUUUUCGUCUUCUCCUCUCCUCCUUUUCCUUCUCUGUAUUCCACCUAUGCUUACCAGCCAAUAGGUGGUGUGUGAGGCUCUCUCUUCUUUGGCCUGCAGGGUAACAGAGGAGAAAGAAUGAGACAGUUGUACGCAAAAAGUAGAAACCUCAAGCGCUUCCUCUCUGUAGCUAUCGGAAAGAGGAGGAACAGCAGCGGAGAAGAUGAUAACACCGAGGAUAAAGCCUUCUCUGUUAAACAGAUCAACGAGAUGGAGAUUUCACAUCUGAGACCGAGCUGGAGAUGCUUCUCUUACGAAGAAAUCGUCAAAGCAACCGAUGGCUUCCACAAAGACAAUUUAGUGGGCACGGGCGGCUACGCGGAGGUGUACAGGGGAGUGACGGAGGACGGCGGAGCGAUCGCGGUGAAGAGGCUGACCGGAGCUUCCUCGGACGAGCAGAGGGAGAAGGACUUCUUGACGGAGCUCGGAGCUGUUGGCCACGUUCGGCAUCCCAACGUCUCUGCUCUCCUCGGCUGCUGCGUCGACGGCGGCCUCCAUUUGGUCUUCGAAUUCUACUCUCGCGGCUCCGUCUCCUCCAAUCUCCACGAUGCGAAUUCCCCGCCGAUAGCUUGGAAGCUGCGCUUCAACAUCGCGGUGGGCACCGCCCGGGGGCUGCACUACCUGCACAAGCAGUGCCAGAGAAGGAUCAUCCACAGGGACAUCAAGGCCUCCAACAUACUCCUCACAGAAAGCUUCGAAGCACAGAUCUCCGAUUUCGGCCUUGCGAGGUGGCUUCCAUCCGAGUGGACUCACCGCGCCGUCGCACCGAUCGAAGGAACCUUUGGGUGCUUGGCGCCGGAGUACUUCAUGCACGGGAUCGUGGACGAGAAGACCGACGUCUUCGCGUUUGGUGUCUUCCUGCUGGAGAUCGUAACAGGGAGGAAGCCUGUGGAUGGCUGUCACAGGAACUUGCUUUGCUGGAUAAACGCUCGAUCGUACCUAAAUAAUGGGAUCAUAGAUAAGCUGGUCGAUCCCAGAUUAGGGGAGGAGUAUGACAUGGGGCAGCUCAAAAGACUCACCUUUGCGGCUUCUCUCUGUACCAGACCAACAGCAACAUUGCGCCCUUCCAUGACUGAGGUUGUGGAAUUACUAGAGGGCGGCGAGAUCACUCAAGAACAAUGGAAGAUGCUGGAGGAGGAAGAAGAAGAGUUUUGGGGGUUCGAUGACCUUGACGACGAUGACAACAGAUGCAGUACUCCCUCAACAUCUUCAACUGGCAACUCUCAGCCACAGUUUGUGUAGAUGAUCUUGAUUGUCUUGGGAUGAGAAGUAUAGUAUAAUAUGUGGCACACGGUAGGGAAGCAAGCACAUGCACAGCAGUUGGGAGAAGCAAUCAAAGCCAUCCAAGCUUGAAUCGAAAUCAUCGAAGGUCAGGAGAACCUGAAAAAGGUACCGUCUUGGGCGGCACUCGCGACGGCGAUCGUCCCUGAAGUACCCGGCGAGAACCCCGAAGCCUUCGCAUCCGCCUUCCUCGAACUGCUUCGGCGGCACCACCGAAGACUUCACGGGCAAAAGAGCCGCGGGCCUGCGAGGCCGUCCAUUCACGGGCACAAGUGGGCCCUCCUUGUCAAUUUAUGUUCUACGACAACUUCGCCAAUAAUCAUUCUCUACCUUACUAUUUAUUGUA